AUGUCGCUAAGCCUGCCCUGCCAGGCCAUCAACGUGAAUGAGUUCUAUCCCGACACUGCCAUCGGAUUGCCCAGCAUCAGCUUCCUCCCUUCGCCACGUCUCCUGCCGUCCACGCUGGGCUCUGGGGUCGCGGCAGCCUAUGGCCGACGACUGGCCGGUGAGGUGGCCAGUACAAGCAGUGACAGCCACAGCAGCAGCUAUUUCGCUAGCCCCGGUCCUGGAGGCAGUACCACUCACCUCAACAGCCUCCUUCAAGCUGGAGCCGAGCUCAGUGAUGGCUGUUAUGCAGGACAGAAGGAGGUGGACGCAGUCUCCGCGGUGCCAGGUGCAAAUGCCGCCUCUGCCUCGUCAGAAAACACGUCAGCCUCCUACUUUUGUGCUACUUUGCGCUCGCCUCCCACUCCCGUCUCCGGGCCGACGCUGACGGUAGGAGAGCCUAGACGACCUGUGGCCAGCUGGAUGCUCGACCGCCCAGGGCAACCGGUAUCAUUGGCCCUGCUGACCGGAUAUACAGAAAGAGGCGGUGGCUAUGCACAGGAUGGAGGAGAGAGAAGAGAAGGCAAGGACGUCGGGAUGAGGUUUGUCACUGCCGGUGAGGAGAUGGGAGCGUCUGGGAAAUUUGACCAAUUUUUCUCGACUGGAUCGCAUCAGCAAACGGCAUCGCAAUGUUUGCACGUCAGGGGACUACAUGAGUGCUCUCCGGAGAAGAAGCUGCAAAGCAACACCAGGGAACCGGGUAAAAACGCUAAUUCAUCCUCAAGUAACAGUCGCGAAUAUAAAGAGGUCUAG